AUGGAUGAAGACAUGCUUGAUGGGCAUGAGCUUAGCGUGGGUAAUUCUGGCGAGUCCGUUGUUGGAGGGCAAGACGAAGGGGCAAGAAUAGCAACAGCGAAUGUUGAAGAAGCACAGUUUGAAGAAAUCAAGGAGCAUGCUGAGAGAAGCAUAGAAAGCGAAGUGGCUGAUAGAAGAUGUGCACGAGGCCCAGGAAUGUUGUAUGGAAACUUUUAUAAGCAUGCACAAACGCAUAGACAGAAAGUAAUUGGGUUUCUGCAGAAGGACUUGGCACAGAUUGAAAAGCCCGAUCUCCGAAGAUUCUUGAAUAUCAACCACGCAUAUGAGUGUCUUUUGCCAUACCAUUUGUUUGGAUCUCAUUUGUAUGAAGACAUGAUGUUUAUGCAUACGAAUGAGAUUAAAGAUAACGAAGAGAUUGACGCAGUGUUGCAGUUGUUGAAGGAAACAGUAGAAGAUGUAAAGUCUUGCGAUACGAAUGAAUCUCUUGUGUGCGAAUUGCUGCUCUAUUACCAACAGAGAUAUAUCAACUCGAUGUAUGCCGAGAGUAGGGAGCAUAAGAAUGCAAGGCGAUCCAGACAUCAGCUGAACCGACGAAACACAGUUUUCAGACUGCGUAUUGGUGCUGAUGAGUUGAAGCGAGAUGUAACGAUCAGGGAAGGGAGAUUGUAUUUCAAGAAGGGAGAGUAA